CCAGCACACAUUAAAAUUAGAGAAAAAAAAAGAAAGGACAUCGUCGUUCAGUUUUGUCAACCAAUUUAUAAUUCAGUUCACACUUUUCUUCUGCUUACGACUGGUACAUUAAUAGCUUAUACAUCGAUUAGAUACUUAAUCAAUCUAUAUAUUAGUUACUAUUAACACAUUAUUCCACUUCCACCACUUCAAAUUUACUUUUUGAUAAAUCCACAAUUAUAAUGUCUGCUUUAGAUAAAUCAUUAGAUGAUAUUAUUUCGUCCUCAAAGACAGCCAGAAGACCAGGUAAAAAAUUCGGUAGAUCUGUUACCACUAAAACCAACAAAGUUGGUAAGAAGGUUGGCGGUGCUAACACCAAAGCCAAGAAAGCCAUUGUUGCUAACUUCAAGAAAUCUGAACCAGUUGCCACUUUAAGUUCAGCUAUUGAUACCAGUUAUGCUACUAAGGUUGUUGCUUCAAAUUUACCAAAAGAUUUAAAACAAGAAAAUGUUAAGGAUUUUUUCCAAUCUCAAGUUGGUGGAGUUAUCAGCGUUGCUUUAACUUAUAAUGAAAAAGGUCAAUUCAGAGGUAUUGCUACUAUUAUAUUUAGAAAUCAUAAAUUAGCUUCUAAAGCUGUUGAAAAAUAUAAUGGUGCUGCCAUUGAUAACGGUUCAUCCAAAUUAAAAUUAGAAUUAAUUGUUGAUCCAUCUAAGAAACCAUUAACUUCUAGAAUCACUCCAAACAAACCUGUUGCCGCCGCUGGCCCAGCUAAAAAGAAGUUGUCUGCUGCCAAGAAAGCUAAUGCUACCCAAAAGAAUGCUAAAAAGCCUCAACAACAAAAGAAAAAAUCAGCUAAACCAAAGAAGAAGACUGUUGAAGAAUUAGAUCAAGAAAUGGCUGAAUAUUUCGCUUAAGUGUUGGUUGGUCUAGCCAAUCCUAUUGUAAUAUUCAUUUAUAAUUCUUUAUUGUAGCUUUAACACUCCCUUUUAAAAAAAAAGACAAAGUUGAGUGUUCUUUUAAAUAUGUUUAUUGUUAUGUUUUAAAAUAUAUAUAUAGUUAUAAAAAUUGGUAAAUUUUGCAGUUCGUAAAACUAAACUUUUGAGGCAACGCGUAUGCAGGAAAUUUUGCCCAGUUAGGAUACAA